CGGGAGGAUUUCCUAUUCGAAAAAAAUGCAGCGGCAGAAAUCGCUCCACGCUUUCUUCCAGAAGUCCUCGACGGCUAAUCGGAGCUCCGGCCGCGAGGACGUAGCUCACGGUCACCCGCCGUCGCUUGUUUCGGCGAAGGAGCGGAAUCUCCAACCCGGCCUUCCGAGUCAGCGUGUGGCGAACUCAUCCGAUGAUGUCACAGGAACCGGCACACCUCCGGAGAAGAUGCCGCGCCCGAUCCUACCGGCGAACUUCUCCGCGAGUACCGGCGGCGGAGGUUCUUCGCUUUUCUCCAGUAUUAUGCACAAGUUCGCUAGGGUUCCAAACAGGAACCAGGCUGAUUCUGGAGGUGCUCGCUUGACUUCAGCUCCAUCAUUAGGCAAUUUAGGAUUUCAUAAACUGGGAACCAUUGAUGAGAAUUCAGUCAAAGAUAGUGCUGCUAAGUCCAGUAAGUUAGGAGGUGUCUUGCCCUCUGGAAGGGGCGAUGAUGAUGAUGUCCAGGGUCCCGAGACACCUGACGAGCAACCGCUUGCUCGGCGAAUGAAGCGAAUUCAUGAAGACAUUCCUAAGUUAGGUGAUAUGAAUGAUUGUUCGUUGCUGGAUAAUGGCAAGAGAGCUAAACUUAUGCAAGGGUCCACUGCCCAGGGGAAGAAUCAGGGAGAGAUUUGUAAUGAUCUUGCUAGCAAGUUUGAGUGGCUUAACCCUUCGGGAAUUAGGGAUGCUAAUAGAAGAAGGCCUGACCAUCCUCUUUAUGAUAAAAAGACGCUCUACAUACCACCUGAUGCUCUGAAGAAAAUGUCGGCAUCUCAGAAGCAAUACUGGACUGUCAAAUCUGAGUACAUGGAUGUUCUGCUUUUCUUUAAAGUGGGGAAGUUCUAUGAGCUUUAUGAGCUGGAUGCUGAAAUUGGUCACAGGGAGCUUGAUUGGAAAAUGACAUUCAGUGGUGUUGGAAAAUGUCGGCAAGUUGGAAUAUCCGAAUUUGGGAUUGAUGAUGCUAUAGAGAAACUCGUUGCUCGGGGAUAUAAAGUUGGGAGAGUGGAGCAGUUGGAGACAUCUGAUCAAGCAAAGGCCAGGGGUCGAACUUCGGUGAUCACCAGAAAAUUAGUCCAGGUUCUUACUCCAUCAACUACAACUGAUGGUAUCAUUGGGCCAGAUGCCGUUUAUCUUCUUGCACUCAAGGAGGGAAAUUAUGGGCUUGAUAAUGAUGCAACAAGUUAUGGAUUUGCUUUUGUUGAUUGUGCUGCUCUUCGAUUUUGGAUUGGCUCCAUAGAAGAUGAUGCUUCUUAUUCUGCUUUGGGAGCACUGUUGAUGCAAAUCUCACCUAAAGAAGUUAUACAUGAAAGUAGAGGGCUGUCCAAAGAAGCCCAGAAAGCACUGAGGAAGUACACAUUAACUGGUCCAGCAGCACCACAGUUGACUCCUGUACUGCCUGCCACUGAUUUUGCGGAUGCUUCUGAAGUAAGAAAUUUGAUCCAGUUAAAGGGUUUCUUUACAGGGUCUUCUAGGCCAGUGAAUAGUGCACUUGACAGUAUAAUGCACCAAGACCUAGCCUUAUCAGCUCUUGGUGGUCUUAUUGGUCAUCUCUCUCGGCUGAAGUUAGAUGAUGUUUUGCGCAAUGGUACAUUAUUUAACUAUCUUGACAACUGUGUUACGUCAUCCGGGAAACGGCUUUUGAGGAAGUGGAUCUGCCAUCCAUUGAAAUGUGCUGAAGGCAUUAAUAAUAGGCUCGAUGCAGUUGAAGUUUUGAUAGCUCGUCCUGAAGUUACUCUUAUCAUUGCUCAAUGUCUGCGGAAACUACCGGAUUUGGAGAGGCUGCUUGGACGUGUUAAGGGUAGCAUUCAGGCAUCAUCCUGUCUAAUACUGCCCUUAAUUGGCACAAAAAUAUUGAAACAGCGUGUAAAAGUAUUUGGGACUUUGGUUAAAGGGCUACGUGUUGCGAUAGAUUUAUUGUCAUUGCUGCAGAAUGAAGAGCAACUAAAAUCAUCUCUAAGUAAAGUUAUCAGAACUCCUGAGCUCAAAGGUAGUUCUGGCCUUGACAAGUUUCUGUCCCAAUUUGAGGCCGCUGUGGAUAGUGAGUUCCCCGAUUACCAGAAUCAUCAAGUCACUGAUGCAGGGGCAGAGACGCUUGCUGUCCUGGCCGAGUUGUUCAUCGAGAAAGCUAGAGAAUGGUCAGAAGUCAUCCAUGCCAUCAAUUGCAUCGAUGUACUCCGAUCUUUCGCCUUGAAAGCAAGUACAUCAUUCGGGCCGAUGUCUCGCCCCCUUAUUUUGCCACGAUCAGCAACAGCAUUAGGCCAGGACACUGGGGGACCUGUGCUGAAGAUUAAAGGGCUGUGGCAUCCUUUCGCUCUUGGAGAGAAUGGACAACCUGUCCCAAAUGAUCUGUACCUUGGGGAGGAUCCGGUUGGCUUUCAUCCUCGCACUUUGCUCUUGACAGGACCAAAUAUGGGAGGGAAGUCAACACUUCUUCGAUCAACAUGUCUUGCUGUGAUACUAGCACAGCUGGGUUGUUUCGUGCCAAGUGAGAAGUGCGAGCUCUCGCUGGUUGAUGUAAUCUUCACCCGGCUUGGUGCCACUGAUCGAAUCAUGGCUGGCGAGAGUACAUUCCUGGUGGAGUGCUCAGAAACAGCUUCCAUCCUCCACAGCGCAACUCAAGACUCUCUGGUCAUUCUAGACGAACUAGGCCGCGGAACCAGCACUUUCGACGGAUACGCCAUCGCCUACGCCGUGCUCCGCCAUCUCGUCGAAAAGGUGAACUGCCGACUGCUCUUCGCCACCCACUACCACCCUCUCACCAAGGAAUUCGCCUCCCACCCCCACGUUUCCCUGCAACACAUGGCCUGCGCUUUCAAAUCGACAGACUCCGGAACAGGCAGCAAGCAGGACCUGGUCUUCCUCUACAAGCUGGCAGCCGGAGCAUGCCCGGAGAGCUACGGGAUGCAGGUGGCGCUCAUGGCCGGGAUCCCGGAAAGCGUGGUGGAAAAUGCCGUCCGAGCUGCCCGCAGGAUGCAGAAGUCGGUCGGAGAGAGCUUCAAGGCGAGCGAGCAGAGGUCGGAGUUCUCGACCCUGCACGAAGAGUGGGUGCGGAGCCUGAUGAGCGUGGAUACUGCCAGAGAUAGGAGCAAUAGGCUCGGGCUGGAGAAUGGCGAUGUCGAUGACGACGUUCGUGACACGUUGAUUUGCCUGUGGCACGAGGUCAGGAGUGUCCCUGGCGGGCUCUGA